AUGCAGCUUGGCCUUCUGAUAGGCUGUGAAGGUGGGAAAGGGGAUGCCAUUCCACAUGAUGUCUUCGAUAUGGCAGUUGUGGUGGAGGAGACCAUUGUGUUUCACAUUGUGAAGGAUGUGGCACAUUGCUUCGCCAUGCUUAUGGGUGUCAUCUACAGUGUCAAUCUCAAGUAUCCAGAAGCCAUGAAGUAUUCCUUUGAGUUUAUUCAGAAAGUGGUGAUGAAAAUAAAAGCGGAGCAGGCUUUGGCUCAAGUACAUGGCUUGAGAAACAGAAUCCAUAGCAAAGAGGAUGAUGAGGAAAACCCUUCGCAAGCUCCAACAGAAUGCCCCCCCAACCCUUUCAGCAAGUUCAGAAUGUCCAGCCCCUUCAGCAGGUAA